AUGUCCGUUCCAUUUCUUCCUCUUCAAUGCUUACCAGUAUCAAAAUCAACCUCCGAGUCACCUAGCGAAGAUGACCCGGGCGGGCCGUCUUUCAUUGGCACGCUGGACGACGACAUUCUCUGGUCAAUAUUCAAGAUCAACGCCAACAUGAAAGGAGACAUGCCUGGACGACCAAAAGUCCCUCUUUCCCAGUGGAGGCCGCGCGCAUUGACAGCGACCCUGGCCUGCUCUCAAGUCUGCCAGUCUUGGAGGGCAAUGGUUUUAAGGUCGUCGUCGAUAUGGGCUGGGCUGAUCGACAUCGAUUAUCUAUUUCGACUCAAGCUCGAUGGACGCGAGGAGAUUCUGGGGCGGAUUGGAGGCGCGUUGAUAUCGGUCAAGGGAACAAUCCAUACCGCAGAACAGAGGGAGUUCGUGCUUCGCCUCUUACGCGAAGAGUGGCACAGGCUGCAAAACUUCAGUAUCAGGAUUUCCGACCUGGAGUCCAUUAACGAUCUCUUCUUACAAGACGAUUGGGCUGUGCUCUACACGCCUUCUAAAUCCCUUCAAUCGUUUUCCUUCUUCCCCGAAAAUUCCAAUUCUAUUAGGAGUUUUAUUGGACCUAGCACCCUGAACAUCUUCGGGGAUGAAGCGCCUCGGCUAGAUUCCUUUUCCUUUCGCCCAACCUCGGCAUUGAAAUUCACAGGGCGGUGGUUUUCCAAUUUACGCGACUUAUACAUCGAAGGAACGUAUACCGGUACCGAAUCCAUCUUGGGCUGGCUCGAAGCCCUCAACAGGAUGAAUCAUCUGGAGCGCCUCAGAGUGGCGUACGCGAUUUCAGUCCCAGCCGACAUCACAUCACCCCUACCCAUAGCGCAACUUCCAUUCCUUCACACUCUUGUUGUGCAUGGUCGUUCGAUUCUCGAGGUCGCCCUGUUCUUGGACCACAUAUUUCCAGGACAGGGAUGCGGUUUACGUUUGUGUACGCAGGACACCCGCACGCCAUCUCUCACUGACCCGUUGUUUCCCCGGAUCAACGCAUCCUUGUCCAGGUUCUCCGAGAAUUGGUUUGGCCAUGCACGCUGCCUAGGAACAAUCUACCUUUCUUCUUCACGCAACCAUCUAUCCAUCAGCCACAGCGAGAUGCCAUCCAUCGCCCGAGAUCCACUGUUCGAAAUAAUAAUCCACCACGGAAGCCACCGGCGGGAUGUCGACUUCUUUCUCUCUUUCCUCCAUGCAUUCUCUUUGUGCGAUUUCAGUGGAAUCACGAGAAUGGUGAUCCGCGGUCUGGAGAAGGACCAGAUGUCCACUUCCCACGUACAGAAGUUCUUGAAGGCUUUCUCGAACGUCGAGAUUCUGAAAACGGGGCGUCCAACGCUCGGCCCUCUUAUUUUUUCUGAUAGGAAACAAGGUGAUAAACAUGUUGUUUUCCCAAAGCUCCGCAAACUCGUUGCCCAUGGUGCGCUUUUCCUGACACAACCGCCAUUGGAGGAUUCAUGGACGGAAUUCCUCCAAUGGCGCAGAAAGAUUGAACAUCCAGUACCAAUUCUGGAUCUCACGAAAUGCAGAGAGGCGUUCCCUCGCGAGGUAUUGGAGGCCGUACGAGGUUUGAAGGUGCUGUGGCGAGAUAGCGAUGGAGAAGUGCAGGAAUACGUGUGCAGGUCAGGAAAGAAGCGAACAUUCCAGGAGUGGGUGCAGGAGAGGUCAAGUACUAUUUUGAAUCGCUAA